UCUCACCCACUAUCUCCUCCAUCUCUCUCUUUCUCGCCGGCACUCCCCAAGCUCUGAAGCUCCCUCAUCUCGUCCCAACAAUUCAUUUUCUCUUCGAUUAUAUUCAAUCCGAUUUCAAGGUUGAUGGAGCAGCGUGAUGCUGUUGUAAACGUGUUUGGGAUGCAUUGAUUUGUCUUAUUUUAGUACCAGUUGGCUCAAUUUCGGGUUGGAUUGAAUCAUUUUUCGAUAGAAAUGGAUCGCUGUGACACUUCAGGAUUCGUUAGUGGGGGUGGGAUUUACUCGCUCAACGGCAUCUUCUAACCCUAGUUUUUGUGGCUAAUUGUCUUCACCCGGAAGUCAGGUUGACUGCUCUGUUGCAUUUGGGAUCUGCUCUGCAUAUUGUUGUCUCAAGUUUUCUGCUAUUGCUAUAUGGAUUCCAGGUCCUCAAACUUGGGGUUCCCUGCUAAUUUUUCUUUGAAUGAAUUCAAUAUUUCGGGUAGUUCGAUGCAAGUUGGAGGAACUGGUGGUGCAUAUGGAAAAGAUACUGUUCUAAGUCUUGAUUCCCCGGGCUCCUCAAUCCCUUACAUGUCCACAUCAAAAGGAAUCAAGAGGAAGUGGAGUUUGAUGGAUGGAUCUGUGUGUGAGCAAGUUGGGUCAUCAUUGGCUCUUCGGCUAGGCCGCUAUUCGAGUUCCUCAGACAGCAAGGGAAGUUCAACAACUGCUUGUACUGCCACAUCUUCAGCCAAAGAAUCUGAUGUGGAGUCCUCAAUGGACAUUGAAUUGGAUUUUACCCUCCAUAUUGGAAAUGAAAACGUAAUCAACCCCAAGAAACCUGCUGGUUCAGAUCCGAAAGGAAUGGGGUUGCAACUAAACGUUGACCUGGAGUUAAGCCUGUCAACUGGUUUUUCUGAAUCUGAUAUCACUGGUGUCCAUCUCAGCUCUUCUCCCGAUACACCAGGUACGAAGAUGCCGAUAGCAGUUGAAGGGCCUCCAAAUGCAGAUGAAAGAUCUACUUCAUGUCACUGGAAACCUGGAAUUGGUUCGCCAGCAUUUCAGAGUUUACCAGUGAAAGAGACUAGUGUCUUCUUCAAGGAGGUUCCAAGAAGCAUUGAUCUUUCUCCCAUUGUUCCAGAGCUAUCUUCAAGCGUGAUUACUACACCAAAAAGCUCGGUGACUUGCACUUCCGGGAUAAUGCAGCAACAACAGCCACAACACCGCAGUUCUAGUUCAAAGACAUGUCAGGUUGAAGGAUGUGGAAAGGGGGCCAGAGGUGCCUCUGGCCGUUGCAUCUCUCAUGGUGGUGGCAGGAGGUGUCAAAAGCCUGGCUGCCAUAAGGGAGCAGAGGGCCGAACUGUGUAUUGCAAGGCCCAUGGUGGCGGUCGACGAUGUGAAUUUCUUGGGUGCACAAAAAGUGCAGAAGGUCGUACUGAUUUCUGUAUUGCCCACGGUGGUGGUCGGAGAUGUAGCCAUGAUGGUUGUACUCGAGCUGCCCGAGGCAAAUCUGGACUAUGUAUUCGUCAUGGUGGUGGGAAGAGAUGUCAAAAGGAAAAUUGCGCAAGGAGUGCCGAAGGCCUCUCAGGACUUUGCAUCUCACAUGGAGGCGGGCGGAGAUGCCAAUUUAUAGGAUGCACAAAAGGGGCACAAGGGAGCACCAUGUUCUGCAAGGCACACGGUGGUGGAAAACGGUGCACGUUUCUAGGGUGCAACAAGGGUGCUGAAGGGAGUACCCCUUUCUGUAAGGGUCAUGGAGGGGGGAAAAGAUGUGCAUUUGAAGGUGGUGGGGUUUGUACGAAGAGUGUGCAUGGAGGAACCAACUUUUGUGUAGCACACGGAGGAGGCAAGAGGUGUGCCGUGCCUGAAUGCACAAAGAGUGCAAGGGGACGUACUGAUUAUUGUGUUCGACACGGUGGAGGUAAAAGAUGCAAGUCUGAAGGGUGCAGCAAAAGUGCACAAGGUAGCACGGAUUUCUGCAAGGCACACGGCGGAGGCAAGAGAUGCUCCUGGGGCCAUCCUGGGUCAGAAUAUGGAAACCAACCUUCUGGUCCUUGCAACUCUUUUGCAAGGGGCAAAACAGGUCUUUGUGCACUCCACAGCAGCCUGGUUCACGAUAAGAGGGUUCAUGGAGGUGCAACACUCGGGCCAAUUGUCCUAGAUCCUAAACUCUCCAUUUCUGGGAAGAUGAAAGAGAUUGCUACUCCUGAGGGCAUAAAUGUCGACACUAUGAAAAUGUGGAGUGGCAUAGAACCUUCUGAAGGCGGAACUUGUUCUAGUUUGAAUCGAUAUGGAGUUCCAUAUGCUUCUAGCUCUGUCGACAAAGGAGGCUUCUCUGUUUAUGCUCCUGAAGGUAGGGUUCAUGGUGGGAGUUUGAUAGCAAUGCUAGCAGGCGGUUCCGGUCUUGCCUCAGUCAACACCGCAGGUUUUGCCGGUGAUGCAUCGGAGCCAAACAAAUCUAUUAAGCCCCCCCAGAAAUGGAUGUAAGUUUAUUAUUUCUCAACUAUCAUAAAAUUAUUCGUGGAAGUUAUAACUAGUUUCCCUGCUUGUUGUUUGCAUCCUUCGUUCAAGUUUGGUAGGUUAGAAACCUUUGGUCAUUCAUUAGUUUUAGAUUUGCAAGGAAAGUGCUUUAUUGUUCGGUGUUACCAUUUGUUGUAAAUAUUUUCACAUAUUUCCAGCAGGUUGUUGUGAAUAUAUAGGCUAGUGCCUGUAAGGUCCAGUCAGUUUGUGGAACAUUAUGCUUAUAAUAAAUCUUUUCUUUGGGGGUCUUAUUUAUCAUUUU